UAUUAUAAACUAAUCCGUUUAAAAUUUAAUUCUCGAACCAGGAUUUAUUACGCCACAGAUAGGUGUGCUUCACGCGAAUGUCGCCAUAGUUUUGAAAAAUAGUGCCAGCCAUGAACUUUGGUGGAAUUAAUGCCUUUACAUCACUCAUGAUUUUUGCUCAUAUUUAUUAUACAAACGCUGUUGGCAUAGAUGACAAGUUAGACUUUGGAGACAGGAGAUCACAUAGUUCAUUUAUAAAUGACGGUAUCCAUAAAAAGUUAUUUAGUUCAGUAAAUAAUCCUUCCAGUAGUGUAAAUGUAGAUAAUUUUGAUUCAGUAGGAGUUGUCUGUGUUAGCGAAGGAUGUAACACCACCAAAUCAACUGAUGAAUCAGGAGAUACAAUUAAUACAGACGUGGUUGUUCAUAUAAAAACAAAAGUUAACUUAAACCAAAAUAAAACGAAAUCAAUAGAAGAUACACCAGAUAUACCUGUAGUAGUAGGCACAGAUAAUUCCAAUUUUAAUAACUAUGAUGGUGUUAGAACUGAACCGAAAAGCAUUUUUAUACCUGACGAUGGACCAUCUAUCUAUCAAAAUACUAGACAUCGUACUCAGGGAUCUAACUUUUAUUCAUCUGGCACAGAUAAUUCCAAUUUUAACAACUACGAUGGUGUUAGAACUAAACCUAAAACCAUUUUUAUACCCGACGAUCGACCAUCUAUCUAUCAAAAUACUAGAUCUCGUACUCAGGGAUCUAACUUUUAUUCACCUGGAUCACAGUAUGGCUCUAGUAUGUCUUUUUACCCAUACCAGUCGAACAGGAAAUUAGAUCCUGCAACAUUCUAUCAAAAUAUGCUAAAUCCAAAUCCAGAAGUGAAUAUUAAUUUCAGAUCUUCACCACCAAUAGCAAUGGACAUUACUAGUGACUUGUUAACCACCAAUUUUAAGACAAGUGGCAUUGAAAUGUCAGUACCAUAUUUUGAUUCAUCAUUACAUAGGCAUCAUUAUAGCGAAACUCCACCACCGCAAUACGUAUUAUAUCCAAAACAUGUAGGAGUUAUGAAUCCUGUAGAGUUUAAAGUUAUGAGACCCAACUGGAGACCAUCUCAAUGGCAAAAUCAAUUCAACCAAGAUAGACAUGGUGUUUUGCCCACAGGUACGGUGAAAUGCUUUUGCGAAAAUGAUGGCAGAACUGAUUUUCAUGGGUAUCGCAGCGAAACCGGAAGAAGCAGCGUUUAUUCUCCAAGUCGCGUAGAUUCUGUGAACGACCCUGGAGCUCAAAUAAAUGACAAACUAGCGCCUUUAAAUUAAUUAAAUGUAUUUUAUAUGAUCUGAGUUUGAUUUCUAUAUUUUCAACAUUUGCUGUAUUUUUCCAAAAUU